GUCAUCAUAUGCUCCUGCAGCCUUAGCUCCAAAGCCGAACCCUUCUUCGUAAAGUUGCUUCCCUCAAAUCCCAUCUCUUCCUUUCUCACAAUACCAUGGCCUCGGGGUUCUGUUACUUCUCAUACCCCACGCUAUACGUCCUCCUCCUCGACCUCUUGGGCCUGGUGAGGUACGCCAUCUUCGUCGUCUCCAAGCAUCUUGGCUUUCUCUUCAGGCGUUCGGAUGCAGAAUCUCCCACCGGGGGCAUCACUCGUCCAGUUCCGCACACGGAAACGAGGCCGCUGUUGUCGCCGACGUCGCUGAAAGCGAGGCUACCGGUGGUGAAGUUCGAGAGCCUCGUCGAGAGGUGGGCGGCGCAGGAGGAACGGAGAGAGCAUGUUUGUGUUAUUUGCAUGCGAAGCUUCGAGGGAAGCCAUGAGGUGAGGGAGCUCAGCAACUGCGCUCAUGCCUUCCACACGGCGUGUCUCGACUCUUGGAUGGAUGAGGGCCGAUGGACGUGCCCUUUGUGUCGAUCGUACCUGUCGUCGUCUUAGGGGUGCGUAGAUGUGUAGUAGGAUCGUAGAGAUUUUGAAGCUUACUAUGGUUCCCACUGAAGCUGCAUCGAUACAUUCCGUAGGUCAACGAUGAAGCGCACUCCAUCUACAGACGUGAGAUGCACUGCGCGCACUACAGCCAUUUAGGUGGCGGUUGUUCUGUAUUCAGAUCUAUU